GGCCCGUGCUGUCUGUCAUCUCCCUUGGCCACUGGGAGGGCGGCUGGGCCGCCGGGCCGCCCCCGGGGGCGGGCUCGGGUGAGUGAUGGGCUGCGGCGCCCUGCCCAGCCCAGCCCUGCCCACGUUGCCCUGAGGUUGAAAUGCACAAGUCAAGGCUCUCUCGCCGGGAAGCAGAUUGCCUUGUGGCCCUUUUUCCUCGCGCCCCUGCCACCUCCGCGCUGGAAAGCAGAGAGCCCGGUGGGCUAGGGCGGCCGGCAGCGCGGGAGGCCGGCAGAGCGCCUCGGGGUUUAGGGCUCCGCUCGGGAUUUAGGGCAGCCUCAGAGGUGUCCUGCUCAGAGGAAUGGAACCUGCCUUCGGAGAAGUGAACCAGCUCGGGGGGGUGUUUGUCAACGGGAGACCCCUGCCUAAUGCCAUCAGGCUCCGGAUUGUGGAACUGGCACAACUGGGUAUCAGACCGUGUGACAUCAGCCGGCAGCUCCGCGUUUCCCAUGGCUGUGUUAGCAAAAUUCUGGCUCGCUACAACGAGACCGGCUCCAUCCUACCGGGGGCUAUCGGAGGGAGCAAGCCUCGGGUCACCACCCCCACGGUGGUAAAACAUAUCCGGACCUACAAACAAAGGGAUCCGGGCAUCUUCGCCUGGGAGAUCCGGGAUCGCCUGCUGGCCGAUGGCGUUUGUGACAAGUACAACGUGCCGUCGGUCAGCUCCAUCAGCCGCAUCCUCCGGAACAAAAUCGGGAACCUGUCUCAGCAGAGUCACUACGACUCCUACAAGCAGCACCAGCCACCCCCACAGCCCGCUCUGCCCUACAACCACAUCUACUCCUACCCCAGCCCGAUCGCCGCUGCGGGAGCCAAGGUGCCCACUCCCCCCGGGGUGCCCGCGAUUCCCAGCACCAUGGCCAUGCCCCGGACGUGGCCGUCGUCCCACUCGGUGACGGACAUCCUGGGGAUCCGCUCCAUCACAGACCAAGUGAGUGACACCUCGUCUUACCCCAGCCCCAAGGUGGAGGAAUGGAGCAGCCUGGGCCGAAACAGCUUCCCCCCCGCCGCCCAGCACGCCGUGAACGGGCUGGAGAAGAGCUCCCUGGAGCAGGAGGCCAAGUACAGCCAGGCACCCAAUGGCCUCCCAGCUGUCGGCAGUUUUGUGUCUGCACCAGCCAUGCCUCCCUAUGCCACGCCAGCCCAAGUCUCGCCGUACAUGACAUACAGCGCGGCCCCUUCUGGCUACAUGGCGGGCCACGGCUGGCAGCAUGCCGGAGGCACGCCGCUCUCCCCGCACAGCUGUGACCUCCCCACCUCGCUGGCCUUCAAGGGCAUGCAGACAGCCAGGGAAGGCAGCCACUCAGUCACAGCCUCUGCUCUCUGAUGAAGGAGCUGGUCCAGGAUGAGUGUCUCCGGCGCCUGGCUCACGGACUGCUCUCCUUGUGCUGGUGGUACCGGGCAUUUCUCCUCCUGACUUGCAUCCCGUUGGACUUUCGGGAUUGAAAGAGUUGAAGGCAACACCACAAACAGUGUGCGCUGAUGUCUUUGCACUCUCCGAGUAAAGAUCUUGUGUCCCUCAAAGGGCCCGUGGAAACUUGUCUGACUCUCCUCUGGUCAAACCACACAUAUUUAUUCUUAAUCACCACAGAUUUGUUAAAUGUGCAAUUGUUGUUAAGAUUUGUGUAGAAAUCAAUAAAGAAAAAUCAUCACAGGAAAUUCUGCUAUGCCUCAAAUCAGCAAUGGUGGCUAAAUAGAAGGUAUUUGCUAAAGACCUAUCUCUAGAGAACAAACCUCCUUAUUGAUGAGGUUAUGCAAUCCACUGCUAUUAAGAGAUCACUUUUUUGUUGUUUUGCUGAAUUUUGGUAAUCAAAUCUAGAACCAAGGCAAUGUGCAGCUCUCAGAUUUUUCUGGCAUUUCAUCAUCAGUGGCAGUAAUACAUUAGUACUUUUAUCCAUUUGUAAAUAUAGCCUUUUGACAGCAUUUGUUUUCACUU